AUGGGGUUGAGAGCGAGAGGUGUGGGGGCAUUGCCAAACCUCAUUCGAAGCCUCCGGAAGGAAGCCCACCCAAAGCAACAAUCACUUCCGUCUCUGAGGCGCGCCUUCUCUCUCUACGAUCAGAUCAAUCUCAUCGACAACGUCCCUGAUGACCAGCUUCGCUUUCAACGGUACACUGAGACAGGAUUCAGAGUGAAUGGGGUGGACUAUGAAGGAAGCUUGCUUUGUGUUGGAAAUAUGUUGAUGUCUUGGGCUCCCACCAAGUUCUCUCAUGUCACUCCUGAUAGCUUAUCAAUGUUUCAAAUCGUGCGGCCUAUACCUGAGAUUUUGAUUCUUGGCACUGGGAGAAACAUUGAACCCGUAGAUCCUGAACUACGACGCUUCAUUCGCUCUACGGGAAUGAAGUUAGAAGCCGUUGACUCGAGAAACGCCAUAUCAACUUACAACAUACUGAAUGAGGAAGGUAGGAUUGUGGCUGCUGCGCUUUUACCGUACGGAGCUUCUUAA